GUGACCAAGGCGAGUCUCGUGCUUGAACCGGAGGAUCUUCUUCGGUAGUCGCGAACACAAGAGGUGUUACUUCUGCUGCUGCCGCCGCUUUCGGUGUUUCAAGUGCAAGGACGUUUCAGGACGCGAAGGACGCAACGUUACGACACCAAAUCCUAUUCUCAUCUCAGUUAUUAUUUCACUUUUUUUGUUGCUAAAGGAUUUCAAUAAACAAUAGAAAUAUGCAUACCGCCACGAAGACUACAUUCUUCUUCCUGAUGUUGACGUGCGUCCUCUCAGCGCCUACAAAGAAGGCCGACAGACAACAAAAAUCGUUAUCCUACUUCGGCUAUGUGCAACCAAGCGAUGCCAUGGAUUACAAUGCUUACGAUGGUGAUGAAGGAGAGGAUUAUGCUAUGGAUUACGAAGAGAAUGCGUUAAGCAGGACUAUUCCGAAGAGGAAGAAGGUCCGUCGUCCGUACAACUCUCCCAUCUACUACAUCAGGUUGCCUCCUCAACCAUACAUGUUCGUCCAAGGUUUAGGAUACGUCUCUCAAGCAGCUUCAAACCCUGCCCAACCGUUCCUCAAUCUUGAAGUACCUUUCGUGAACAACGGAAAACCCAGCAACAUCUACCAGUGGAGCCCCAACGUGCAAGGUCUUCCGACCGUAGCUCCACCACCUCCACCAACCAAGAAACCGAUACCAUCGAAACCGACGGAUUCCACCAUCCACAGACUGCCUGGACAAUUCACAUUCAACGGCAAACCUGAAGACAUCUUCGUGCUCAGAGACAAUUACGAUUCCUUCUACAACGACGCUCUGCAAAGCUUCUACCCUUAAUCACCAAGAUCGAAAUCACACCGAAAUCAUCUUGCCUAAAAAAAAAAUAUAUAUAAAAAAAAUAAUUUAAA